AUGUUGAUUCGCAAGCUGGGAAUUUUGUUGACCAUAAUUUACUACCAAAUGCUUAUCUAUGGAUUCAUGCCGACGACACUGCGGUUGAAGAACUGUCGGAUGAUCAUUUGCAAGGUGUCCAAAUGGUAUUUCAUCUACAGCCUGUGUGUGACUGGAGCUCUAUUGCUGCAGUUCCCGUAUUUGUUUCCCCCUGGGGUCUUCAGUGGAUAUUCGUACAUGAGGAACAACAUUGUACUGCAGGGUAACUUCAUUGUGAGUGUCACUCUUCGGGUUGUCGCCUUCGUCAGUUGCUACAGCCUCGUCUGGUUGCAACGCAAGCGUUUAAUUCAAAUUUUUAUGGACUUCCUGCUGCAUUGGAGGAAUCAUUGGCCAAUCCUGUGCCGUGUUGCCGGACUCGAGGCUUUGCAGAAAUUGCAACUGCAGCUGGCAAAGAUUCUUCUGCGUCAACUGUUGGUUAAUAAUGGAAUGCUACUCUGCUCUAUCCUAAUCCAAUAUCAACUGCUCAACGGAGCGAAGUUAGCUCAGAUUGUGGUGAGAGCUUCUCAUAUGCUGAUGGUCUCAACGAUUCGCUUAGGAUUCUGCACGGUUCUCAUCCUUCAUAAUCAUCAGUUCGAGGCGGUGCUGCUCUCCCUUCAGGCUCUACGUCAAAGAGUGGGCUGCCGAUCUCUGGAAGAUUUCCAUCGCAUUGCGACCAUCCACUCGGAGUGGGUUCGAUUGGCCAAGCGAGCCUUCAAAAUCUUCGACCUUGCCAUUGCCAGUGUCUUCGCCAGCAUGUUCACUGUUAUUGUGAGUAUACUGUACCAUGCCGUCCAGUAUAUCAACCAAACCAUCAAGUCCGACUUGUCCGGUUAUAUCAUUGGCGACGGUCUCGUUCUAUUCAGCAUAUGGAACUUAGUCCUGGUUAUGAAUCUGGUCAAUCGGACGAUUAACUCUUGCAAUGAGGCUGGACAUUUCUUGCGUCAGUUUAACGAUCUUCCCCGACUUAGCCCCGAAUCACAAAAGGAGUUAGAGUACAUACGAAACAAUCGACUUGUCUACCGAAUCUUAGGCUGUGUCGUACUGAAUAGACCCGCCUUCCUAGGUUACAUGGCUUCAAUGUUGAACAACGUCAUUAUUCUUAUGCAGUUCGAUCUGAAGCGGAAUCAAGGAACGAGCCUUCCCACCGUCAAAGGGAAUACGUAA